UUGAAGGAGGCCGGUGGCGUCUCCCGGGAGCCGAUCCCCUGGAGGCAGUCCCUGCGGAUUAUCUCUGCGAUUCCUCCGAUCCGCCCUGAGUCCUUCAGUUCGGCGUAGUGAGGCAACGUUAGCACCGCCGCCAUGGGGGGCGGAGACCUGAAUCUGAAGAAGAGCUGGCACCCACAGACCCUGCGCAAUGUGGAGAAGGUGUGGAAGGCAGAGCAGAAGCAUGAGGCUGAGCGCAAGAAGAUUGAGGAGCUGCAGCGGGAACUGCGGGAGGAGCGGGCCCGGGAGGAGAUGCAGCGCUAUGCCGAAGAUGUCGGCGCUGUCAAGAAGAAGGAAGAAAAAUUGGACUGGAUGUACCAGGGCCCAGGGGGGAUGGUGAAUCGUGAUGAGUAUCUGCUGGGGCGUCCCAUUGACAAGUACGUUUUUGAGAAGAUGGAGGAGAAAGAGGCAGGCUGCUCCUCUGAGACAGGACUCCUCCCAGGCUCGAUCUUUGCCCCUUCGGGUGCCAAUUCCCUUCUCGACGUGGCCAGCAAAAUCCGGGAGGACCCGCUCUUCAUCAUCAGGAAGAAGGAAGAGGAGAAAAAAAGAGAGGUAUUGAAUAAUCCUGUGAAAAUGAAGAAAAUCAAAGAAUUGCUGCAAAUGAGUCUGGUAAAAAAGGAGAAGAAGAAAAAGAAGGAGAAAAAGAAGAAGCAUAAGAAACACAAGCACCGAAGCUCCAGUAGUGAUCGUUCCAGCAGUGAUGAGGAGCACAGCCGGAGCAGAUCUCAAAAGAAGAUGGCACACUUCUCCCCGGCCUUGUCCAAAGUCCCUGGGUACGGCUUACAGGUCAGGAACUCUGAUCGAAACCAAGGACCGCAGGACCUUGUGGCUGAGCAGAAAAGCAUACAUCGGAUGAAGAACCGAUCCCGCUCCCGAAGCUCCUCUCCUUCAUCCCCCAGACAUGGCAGCAAGAGAAGCACCAGGGAUACAGGGUCCUCGAACAGGAGGUCUCGAUCCCCGGGUAGAAGGUCACGGUCCCCAAGGCCCAGCAAACUGCAUGAUUCUAAGGUAAACAGACGAGAGAGAGCUCAAACAAAGAGUCCGUCGCCCAAGAAAGAGGUCUACCAGAGGCGGCAUGCUCCCGGGUACACCAGAAAACUCUCAGCGGAGGAGCUGGAACGAAAACGUCAGGAAAUGAUGGAAAAUGCCAAGUGGCGGGAGGAGGAGCGACUGAACCUCCUCAAGAGGCACGCCAGGGACGAGGAGCGGGAGCAGCGACUUGAGAAGCUGGGCGCACGCGAUGGCAAAUUUCUCCAUGACAUGAAGCUCCAGAGCGCAUCCACUUCCUCGCUGGAGGAUCGCGUCAAGAGGAACAUCUACUCUCUGCAGAGAACAUCCAUGGCGCUGGAGAAGAACUUCAUGAAGAGAUGAAACAGUCCUCUGCCUUCACUGCUUUUUCUGAAUUUUCCAGGGAGGCUGCUGAUCCCUUAAAGAUUCUCUUUAUAAGAGUUCAGGUGACUUUUUCCACCGAUGCUGAGCCCCCGCUGUUCAAGGUGACCUUGUCCGAGGGCUUCCUGAGCCAGCCGGUCCCUAGUGGACCCGGGUGGCUUGCCAUAGGAGACCCUCAGGGACGUCUACCUGGACG